UUAGCUUUUCAAAUUACAGCUAUGAAAAUAAUUAGUCCAUUUUGCAGGUUAAUGAUUAAGGGAGCAUAUUAGCAUAUGAGACUUACAGAUUAUCUUUACCAAUAUUAAAUAAUUUUUUAUCUAGUUUGUGAAAAUUGUGUUCAGUGAUGGACGAGUCUCCUGAAUACACGGUAAUUGCCAGAAGCCUUAUGGAUCUGGACAAAUUUAUUGGCAAAAGUUCUUCAGGUGGCCGUAACCACAGGGAUAGUUCUGAUAGUACAUGCAAAAAGCUAAAUUUUUCCAAUGCUGCUGACAUGACAAGUGACAUGAAUGGAAGUAUGAGGGACACUUCCUUCAGUGGUGGCAUCAAGAGGAAGGCUCCAGAUAGCAUGGGGCAAACUCUUAAGAAACACAGAGAUUCAGUAACAGGCUUGGACGUAUGCCGCCUGCUGCGGGAGAAGGAGGCUGAAUUACUUCACUCCCAGAUGGAGAACACAAAGCUCUCCAUUGAGCUCAGCUCUGCCACAACUGAACUCAACAAGCUCAAGCUUGACUAUGAAUCUGAACUCUCAAAACAUCGUCUCAAGAAUCUCAGGGACAAAGAAAUGAUAGAUGAUCUGCAGCUGAAAGUGAAGAGAGAACGCAAGGCUGCUGAGCAAGCAGAGCAAGUGUGCGCCAAGCUGAAGGAGGAGACUGGCCAGCUGCGUGCUCAAACCCUGCAGAAGCUUGCCGAAGCCACCACUCAAUACGCAGCACAGCAGGAGCAGUUGAGAGAGGAGUUGUGCUCCCAGGGCGAGAAAUUGUCAGAAGCUCUGAAGAAACUGCACGACAAGUCUUGUGAGCUUGACAUGGUUGAAGCUCAAAACCGAAAGUUUGAGAGUCAGGCAGCACAUCACCUGCAGCAGCUAAAGCAGUUGCGGCUGGAACUGUUGAAACUAGACGAAAUCAAGCUCGGCUUACAGAAAGAACAAGCUGCUAAGAAGGAGCUGGAAGUGAGACUAGAAAACGUUGCCAAGCAGGAGAAGUUUGCUGCAACAUAUGAAGAGUGUGUACAGAAGGUGCCAGACUUGGAGCGACAGCUGUCACGUAUAACUAGAGAGAAUGACAUGCUCAGGGCAUGCAGCGCGAACGUUCGUCUGCUGGAGGAGCAGGUGGCGAGCGCUGGCGACCAGAUCGCUUUGCUACAGCAGCGCUGCGACGAUGCAGCGAAACUCAGAGCCGAGCUUGACGCCACUAAGGAGUUGCUGGGAGAGCUUAGGUCGGUGCUGCGUGCAGAGCUGUGUCUGGCCGACGCCCCUGAGCCUGAGGUGCUGCGGGAGGUCUUGAAGCGUCUGCGCGCCAGUGAUCAGAGCCUCACUGAUGCCAUUGCUACCAUGCAGGAAAGCCUGGCAGCGCACAAGAGCAGAAGCGAGGUGCUGGACGCCGAACUGCGGGAGGCGCGCCAGAGCACAACGCAGCAGCAGCAGCUGGCUGAGAAACAUCUGCUCGUUGCCAGGCGUCUGCAGCGCAAACUUCUUCUCGUGUCCAAGGAACGUGACAGCCUGAAGCACAUCCUGUCUUCGUACGAGGCGGAGGUGACCAUGACCAGCAGCUCUGCCCUGAACAGCGGGCGGCUGAGCAGCCUCGAGGAGACCCUGCAGCAAUACAAGCAGGAGCUCGCUAGGCUCGAGAAGGAGCUAGACUACCACCAGCAGGCACCCCCCAUGCCGGGACAACCCGCUCCAAUGAGCAGCAAAGACUGCGCCGAGCUUGUUCGUCUGCGGGAGGAGGUGACGAAGCUUAAAGAGCAAGUGUCCAAGCUGGAGGAAGAGAGGGACGUGCUGGAGUACAGACUGGAGCACCGCGCCUUGAAGGGCGAUUACGACCCGUCCCAAGUUAACGUGCUCCACAUGAAGCAAAAUCCGAUGAGUGAAGCUGUAGCUAAUUACGAAGACCGGAAUGCCAAGCUGGAAGAGGAGGUGCAGCGUCUCAAGGAGCAGCUCGCUGCUGCGUCAGCAGGACAGCUCUGUGGUGGGGAGCAUUCAGACGCACCAAAGAAUGCAGACAAUUCCGAUAAGCUUAGAGUGCAAGAACUGGAGAAGGAACUGCACAAUAUGGAAAAGAAGCAACAGCGCAUCAACGAAGCUUUCACGGCGAAGAGCAGGGAGAUGCGAGAGCUUGUGUACAGCACUAUGGGCUAUCUCGUCGUGCCCACCGACGAGAACAACUGCUACAAGUUGUCCAGCCUUUACGCCGAGAGCCCAGACGACUACUUCAUGUUCCAGAUGCAGUCCAACGGAGAGAUCAACAUGUUGUCCACAGAGUACAGUAAUACUAAUGCGAUUGAAUGCUAUAUGGAUGAGUACCUCAAACACGAUAAUUCGUACCCCGCGUUGCUCUCGGCGGUGACCAUUGACUUGUUCAGCCGCCAGACGAUGGUGGUUGAAGCCGCGUCGCGCGAUCGCUCAUCUCCAAUCCAGGGUCAUGGUCCCGCUCCCGCCAGCGACGAGGAAGAAGAAAGUGACGGAGGAGACCGUCAUGAAGGCAACGCUGAGGAUGACGGGAACGAUGAAAACGACGAGGAGGAACCAAUGGACUCUGAUUCCGAGGGAGAAGUGGGGCCUAGAGUCAACAUUCCAGGAGACGAGGAUGAUGAUGAUGACGACGACGAGGAUGAUGAUGAUGAUGAAGAUGAUGACGAUGAAGAAGAGGACGAGGAAGAUGGACACAAGAGAGGCCAUAAUCGAGCUGACGACGGCAGCGAUGACGAUCUGAUUUGUCUGGACUGAGUCUUAGACUUUGGUGUCCGCUUCGAGUCUUAGACCAAAGUUCUUCAAAUGUGUAAUAUGAUCUAUUGUAAAUAUAUAUGAAGGAUAUUAAGAAUUCGUGAACAGCUUGACUGGUUAGGUCCAAUUUUGCAGUACUGAAUGGCAAUAAAGUUACGAAAGCACUCCUCAAGAAGCAAGGUGGACAGAUCUUGCUGUUCAGUAAAAAUGUCUCCUAAAAAAUGUCUCUUUUCAUAGAUAUUUGUCAUGAUAUGCUUCAUUUUGCUACAUAUUGUAGAGUUGGGAACAGCUACCACAAUUGCUGUGGUGAAUUCAAGACCAGAACAGGCAUGAAUUAAAAAUGUUCAUAAAAAUGUUUCCUAAAGCAUUUCGAUAUUUUGUUUAACAAGGAAAGAAAAUAAAAGAAAUUUGAUAAUGAA